AACGAGGCCAGCUCCUAUUCAACGCAUGAGCAAUGUCGCCUUCUCCUCCCAUCCCGGAUGUGGCGUUUACUCGGUAGAGGCGUCAUCUCCGCAAACACGAUGGCGGCGGGUUGUGCUGGUUUUUUAUUUUGAUCAACGGGUAGGGAGUUUUACGUGUCAAAAAAUGGCUGACUUAACCAAGGCUGAAGAAAAGGAAGUAGAGAAGAGUUUGGAUGAAGAAGUGGAGAGAACAUCUCACACUUCAGAGGCAGAUUCAGGUAUCAAUUUGGAAGGCAAUAGCUCAACUGCAGGUACAGCGCACUCCACUGAAAAUGAGAAGAAACUUGCUGGUGGUGAUCAGGGCAGCGGCCUGAAAAGGAACAUAGCAGAUGUUGAAGAAGAACCUCCCUAAGAAAGUUUGAGUGAGGCAGGCCAUGGGCAAGCUGUAGCUGCACAUUACAAUGAGCUUCAAGAAGUUGGGUUGGAAAAACGCAGCCAGAGUCGCAUAUUCUACCUCCGAAACUUUAAUAACUGGACAAAGAGUGUCCUCAUUGGGGAAUUUAUAGACCGCGUACGACAGAAAAAGAGUGAUAUUACUGUUUUGGAUCUGGGAUGUGGCAAAGGCGGAGACUUACUGAAAUGGAGGAAAGGCAGAAUUAAAAAACUUGUCUGUACGGAUAUUGCUGAUAUUUCUGUGCAGCAGUGCAAGCAGCGAUAUGAAGACAUGAAAGCUCGAUGUCGCUAUAACGAACGUAUUUUUGAUGCAGAAUUUAUACAAGCAGAUAGUACCAAGGAUCUUCUGUCUUCCAAAUACAGUGAUCCAGACACACGCUUUGACAUUUGCAGCUGUCAGUUUGUUUACCAUUACUCAUUUGAGACAUAUGAGCAGGCUGACAUGAUGCUUAAAAAUGCCUGUGGGAACCUCUCUCCUGGAGGUUAUUUCAUUGGCACAACUCCAAAUAGCUUCGAGCUUGUAAAACGACUUGAAGCUUCAGAAACAAAUUCAUUUGGGAAUGAUGUAUACAAUGUAAAAUUUGAGAAGAAGGGAGAAUAUCCUUUGUUUGGCUGCAAAUACGAUUUCCACUUAGAAGAAGUUGUUGAUGUCCCGGAGUUCUUGGUUUAUUUUCCGUUACUGGAGGAAAUGGCAAAGAAGCAUGGUAUGAAGCUUGUUUACAAAAUGACAUUUCGGGAAUUUUAUGAAGAAAAAAUCAAGAACGAGGAGCAUAAGAUGCUGCUAAGAAGAAUGCAGGCCUUGGAGCCAUAUUCUACGUUUGGUGAUUCCAGACUUGCCUCUGAUAAACCUGAUGAUUAUGAGCAUGCAAAGGAGUUUAUUAAAGAUGGCAAGGCAAAGUUACCAUUGGGAACACUGAGUAAAUCUGAAUGGGAAGCAACAAGUAUUUACUUGGUAUUUGCCUUUGAGAAGCAGCUGUGAAACUUCACAUACUGGACUCAGCAAGAAGAGAUCAUAUCCAUGUGCAAGUUGGAGCAGUCAGAAAUCCAUUGUGGCAACUAUUUUUUUAUUUUUAUUUUUUAAUUAUCCAAAGCGUGCAGGACACUACCAAAACCGAGAGCAAGCUCACGAUUCUGAGUUACAUUGCCUGUCUGUGACAGAUGGACUUGUGUGUGUAUAUAUAAGAAAGAUUCUGAACCAGUCUUUUUAAGCAUUUGUAAGCAAUCUGAAUGCUCUCAAAACUUACGUUUUAACUUUGACAACUUUAUGUUAGAAAAAGAUGUUUUGUUAGUCUUAUGUUUGUGCUUAUCAGCCUGAUGCUGCACUUUCUGAAGCUGACGGAAAAUGGCUGUUAACAGUUAACUUCGGUGAUGCAGAAUGAGGGCCUAAAUAUUGUAAUAGUUCAGUUAGUUCAUAAUGUGAUAGAUUGAGACAUAUAGGGUAUGUCUACAUUGCAUGCAGAGCUAAGUGACAGACAAAACCCAAGUCAGUUUGAGUACUUCCCGUGCUGUGCUCCAGCCUGCAGUGUAAAUCUACCUUAGUGAUAUUCAUGAUGUAGUUUAUGUGGUAAAGUUUAAUGAUGUUUUUGGUUGUUGUUUUUGUUUUUUUUUUUUUUGCUUGCUGAUAUGUAGUGUCACUUCAUGGUGCUUCCAAGAUUAAACAAGUUUGUUCUGUACAAAGCUGCUCUAGAAGAACUGAUUUUCUGAACUUUUAAAAAUCUUUCCAUCAUUUUUCCAAGUAUGACUAUACAAUAAUCAAUAACAGCUGCUGAGCUUAAAUUACUGAACAUUUUCUAUUAUAUUAAAGCCUGUCCUGACUUUUUUGUAGCUUUAAUGUCUCUUUGAAACUUACUAGACAGAUCUUAGGAUGUGUCUUGCUUGUUUCAUACAAUUCCAAAUAGGUUUGGCAGAAGAAUUAGCUCUUAGUGGUGAUGGGGAUUUCACUACAGUCCUUAAAGCAUUAAGAACGUGAUCAUGAACGAAAAAGGGAACCUGUAUAACAGUUGAGGGUACUGGAAGUUCACUCUGGUAGGGAUGGUUUCGUAUGUGCACACACACCAUUAGAUGUAGGAAAUAAUUCCAAAAUGGGAGCCAAAUAUUUUGUUUUGGAAUAUAAACUGAUGCUGUUGAUAGGCAGAAUGAUACCUAACUUCUGUCCUGCUGUCUUCCACUCUCUUGGAGCUGGGUUGGGGUUUUCUGGCAUGGUGUUUACUCCUCCUUCAUCAUGCCAGUAGCUACCCACUAGUGAGAAGAUGAGGGUUAGUACUUCAGUAUUUUUCUCUCCUUUCUUGAGCUAAGAGAUGCUUUUUGAUGCUGUUGACUAUUCUAGUUUACAUACAGAUUAAAUGAUAGUGUUGAUGGUGCACAAGUAUUUUUGCAAACCUGUAAUAAACCUAAGAAAGAACAAUGCUA